GUUCGUUAUGUUGCAGACACGCUUUUGAGAGCUCUUCAGUCUUCAGCACACAUUUUCAGUGUCAUACCUUCCUGAUUAUAGGAUAAUCGCCCAAAUCCUGUCUUGUGAACACUUCUGUUACCCUGAGCUCUUGCAUAGACAGAGGGAUGACGAGCACAAAGCAAACAAAAAUACCUCUAAUCUUGGGGACUGUGGCAAUUGCGAAUGAGGGCGAGUUUGGCUCAAGGAUACAUGACUUGGGUACGGCUCAAAAAUUCAUCGAUGUUUUCAAGUCGCAUGGUCAUACUGAGUUAGAUACCGCAAGACUUUACGGCGAAGGGACUACGGAAGAGAUGCUUGGCAAGCUAAACUGUUCAGGGUUGUCGAUCGAUUCCAAAUGCUUCCCAGCGAAACCAGGAGAUUAUAAGCCAGAGCUCGUCAAAGCGACACUAGAAAAAACUUUGAAUGCACUCAAGGUACCAAAAAUUCGUGUGUUCUAUCUACAUGCGCCAGAUCGAUCAGUUCCAUUCGAAGAGACUUUAAAAGCUUGUGACGAACUAUACCGAGAAGGAAAGUUUACAGAACUCGGCCUUAGUAAUUAUGCUGCAUGGGAAGUGGCCAUCAUGUGGGGAAUUUGUGAUAAGAAUGGUUAUGUUAAACCAACGAUUUAUCAGGGUAUGUACAAUGCCAUCACUAGAUCUAUCGAAACUGAGCUUUUUCCUUGCUGUCGAUCUUUGGGAAUCCGUUUGGCUAUCUAUAACCCAUUAGCCGGAGGAUUUUUCGCCGGAAAGAUUAUGAAACCCGACGAUCAAAUCGAAGGGGGUGGCCGUUUCGAUCCCAGCCAUAAACUAGGUGCGAUGUACCGCGAGCGAUACCUCCGAACCAGUCAUUUCAAAGCAUUGAAGAUUGUAAAAGAGUCUCUGCAAGGUCAUCCUGACAUAACUUUAGUAUCAGUAGCAGCUCGAUGGCUACAACAUCAUUCUGCAUUGCAGCCCAAGGAUCGGGUGAUUUUGGGCGCUUCUUCAGUUGAUCAAAUCGAGAUGAACUGUUCCUAUUCAGAAGAAGGUCCACUUCCAGACGAUAUUCUUUCAGCUGUGGACCUAGCCUGGGAGACGGUCAAAGCUGAAUGCCCAUCGUACUGGAGAUGACAUGUACCAUCAGCAUGGUAGCAUGUGAUGACAAGAGUGGUCUUUCUUCCAAAUUUUGUACACCAAAUAGCUCUUCUGGCAAGAUGGAAAAUCGCCUGGCUCAAUUUUCGACAACUAUCGCCAUGUAACAACUACAAGUCUUUUUGCGUUGAAGCCAUCUAUUUGUAGAGAGAUUCAUUCCAACAAGGUUGAGUUUCUUGAAAAACAUUCUUACCUUGUAUAACCUGCCAAAGUUCCUUCUAUUAAAUUAAAAUAUAUAUCAUGUCUUCAAUUUUUGAAAACAAGCUUCAUACGCCAUCAAC